ACGUUCAGCCGAAGUCGAAACUUGCUCGACCACUUGUUCAUUUCUAUUCAUAUUCGACCAGGAAGUAGACGGACACUAUCGGCAUGCCUAGCACUGAUUUUCUAACUUACGGCUAUGCAGCCCUCGUUGCCACAGGAGGAAUUAUUGGAUACGUUAAAGCCGGAAGUAUUCCUUCUCUUGGUAUGGGUCUCCUCUUUGGUUCCCUUAUUGGCUUAGGAGCCUAUCAAACCUCAAAUAAUCCAAACAACUACUACACAGCCCUCGGCACCAGCAUUGCAUUGGGAGGUUUCAUGGGAAAGAGGUUCUUGGACAGUGGCAAAAUGAUGCCAGCUGGUCUUAUAGCAGCAGUAAGUUUGUUGAUGGUCGCCCGUUUUGGUGCAAGAGCACUCGGCUUAGUUUCAAUUAAGAACGACUAGCCCGAGCGUUAUGAAGGACUUUUUCCUCAACAUAACUCAAAAGAAAGAUUCUUUAUUGCUGCAUGCGUAGUUGGGAUAAAGUUAUAAACAAUACAUCACCUUUAUGUUCUCUUGCA